GAGUGAGUACGUUUCACAGGAUCCAGGCCUAGUAGUAUUGCCGCUGGGACUCUCCUCAUCCGCUUUCAAAAAAUUGGAAAUUGACACAUUUAAACGCCAAAAUGAGCGGGGCGGGGGUCAUUUUUGCGCUGGCCGACAGUGGAAUGGGAGGAGUCAUGCCAGCAUGAGUGGGCCUUACACAGGCCCAGGAAGGGAGAGUCAUCAGACCAGCUGCCCUUUGACCCCUGGGUGUGACCUCACCGCCCUCUCCUGCCCCUCCAGACGCCAGGAUCACAGGCUUGGGCUAACCAUGUCAGCAGGCACCUCCUCACUCAAACAUGCUUCCUCUAUCUAUGGGUUCACGACGCAAAGGGACCACUCCUCCUCGUCCUCCCCCUCGUCUUCGUACAGUCCUCUCAGGAGGCUCCAGCAUCUCACCACCAUGGUGAGCCAGCCUGACCUGGUCUUGCCGCUGCGGGAGCCAGAGAGGGGCUGGGAGUGGGGGACACAUAAGAAGAAUAGGGAGAAUAUGGAGAGGGACUCCUGGGCUGAUUGCACUAGCAGGGAUCACUCUGGAACCCAGGUUACAAGCCGAGAGGCAACCGUUGUUAACAUUGCUUCCAAAAAGAAACAACCCGAGGUCCAGACGGGAAGUAGAGACACACCGGCGCCUAAUUAUACUGAUUCUGUCACUUCGGAGAAAAAGACAGAAAACUGUUUCUCCGGCCCACCCAGUCCGGCCUUCUCCCUCGACAGUAACAGUCCCUUUGCGAACAACUUACUCCACUUUGAAUCCUCUUUGUUUGAGGAUGACGACAAUGACAUGGAGCGGAGGACCGUGCCACCUCUCAGUGGCAUUCAGGAGAAACGGGAAAAGGUGGGGAAUGUACUUCAGUCCGCCUCCGGAGACGUAAACUUGCACUCCAAAGACUCUUCUCUGACAACAGCUAAAGUCGUCACCCGCUCCCAGUCCUCCGGUCAGCGCAGGAGAUACUGGGAUGGCUCAGAGGACGAGUGGGACAGCGACACCGAGUUACUGCUAUUUGAGGAUAGCCCCUCAAGGCAUUCAAUGCCUCAGAGCAGCCUCAAGAAAAAGUCUUUGCCACCUGUGAAGUUUGUUGAGGGUGAAGUCGUUUGGGCAAAGUUCAGCCGGAGACCAUGGUGGCCCUGCGAGGUGAUUGUCGACCCCGUACAAGGAGUCUAUCACAGAGCGAAAGAGCCUAGCGACCGGCCCUGUCGGCUCUACCAUGUCAGGACGUUUGGGGAGCCCCAGGAGCUGGUUUGGGUGGAGGACAAAUCAACUCAUACUUUCCAUGGAGGUUUUGAAUUUGAACAGCUCCUCCUACUACGGCGGAGGGGGAAACAAAGGGAGCAGAACAGCAAAUACACCAUUGCUAAGCGGUUUAAGGAAUCCUGGAAGUCCAGUGUGGCAGAAGCUGAAUCCAUUCUUCCUGAGAGACCCAAAAUGGCGUCUUCCGUGUCUUUGUCCAUAGCUGAUGCCUUCCAUGAUGCUUCCCCACUGGAAAGAGAGAAUAAGACCCAUCAAAACUUUCUUCCUGUCACUUCAUCUGUCUCCACCCAUACUGAGACGUCACACAUGACCAAUGGAUCCAUUCCAUCCCCAGUAAUUACACCCCCUGUUACAACGCCAACAAAGCCAAGCACUUUAAAGAAAUCUUCUGGAAAGAAGAAACAGAAUGAAGCAUCAAAGGAUACAAAAAGUAAACACUCUAAAAAGACACUGAAUAAUAGUCCUGACAAAUCGGAUAGAGACAGUGAGGAGUGCCCGUACUCUGACCUUGAGUCAGUCCCUAAAAUUUUGUGUCCUAAAGCACUUGAACGUCAGCCUAAGCUAGUUCCGACUCAGCCGUCUGUUGUGGUUGUCAAAGAGGUAAAGAAGCAGCCUGAGAUUCAAAGUGGUCUUUGGUUUAGCAAAUCGAGCAAAGACAGGCGACCUAAAACAACCAGUCCAAUGCCAGACCGCAGUCUCUUCAGUAAGGUCCCCUGUAAGAAAAAGAGCUCAUCUGUUAUUAGUAAAAAGACACCAGCUUCUUGUGCCUCCUCCUCUGUCAGUGCCGCCGCCAACGAGCAGUCAGGAUUAUCGGACAAGCAGAAGACCACUGAAACGAAUCUGCCUCCUGAACAGUCAGGAAAUCUAAAGUGUAAAAACACUGCUGCUGCUAAUGGGCACUUUGGUACAGCUGGUGUUGUGGGUGAGCAGAAGUCUCUAGACUCUAAGGAUAGUGGUUGUUCAAAGGGUAGAAAGUCAGUUGCCAGUUCAGUGGAUACCAUCAGUGGCACAUGUGACCAGUUAAGUCUUUCAGACAUUAAGAAGUCCUUAGAGGCCACUGUGAAAGAUAAUUUGAGUGAUCUAUCCAGGUUUUCAGAGAGUGCAAAGAUUGUCAGUCAAACUGAACAUUCUGAUGCGACAUCUACUAAAAAACAUUAUACAACUGAAAACAUUGCUGAGGAGGAAAAAGAGAGCAAAAACGCUUCAGCAUCCUCUUUACAAGAUAAAACUACGGACCCAUUAGGGUGGCUAGAAACUCAAACGAGUCUGGUCUCUAAAUGUAGGCUACCCUUUGUCAAAUUAAUACGCAAGGACAUAAAAGAUAAGAAGAUCUCAAACUCCAAUACAACUAUUCAUUCCAAAGACCAACCUGGAAGCACAAAGAAAGAGAGACGAUCAGAUACUAACAUGACUACAUUGACAUCCAAACAAUCAAACUGGAUGGAUGGUCAGGGAAGAGCCUCAAAAGACGAGGUAGUCGCCUCCAAAAUAAAAGUCUCAGUUAAGAAAUUAAAAGCACGCGGCAAGUCAAGUAUGGUUAAUUUCUCAUCAGAAUCAUCACAUGAGAAUAUCAUGACCUCAAAUGUUUCCACUGAGGAGUUGGGUAGCCCAGAAACAGAGAGGAUACCAGUUUCAAAUGGAAGUCUGAGUACUGUGAGUUACUCAUCCUCGAACCAGUCAGAUCAGUUUGAAGGUAAAAAGACACCUGACUCUAAUGUAACAAGCAAGUCCUCUGAACAACUGGUCAGAUCAGACCAAGCAACCACAUCUGUCACAUCACAUAGAACGACCGCGCCACCUUCUCACCAGCGUGCAAGGUUAGCAUGUAGAAGAGCUUAUUUUCCAGGACGUCCUUCCUCUGAGAAAACCAAGAAAGUGGCCUAUAAAUCAAAGCGUGGCCCAGAUGAAGUGAAUAAAGUCAUGCACGAGCAGCCUGCCCACCUCCCGGCCAGCAGUCGGCUGAUGACUAGAGCGCUGAAGGCCAUGCAGGAGGCUGAGGAAAAAAAGCGUGAAAAAGUCAAAAAGGAGGCUGAACAGAAACAACCCUUGAAUAAUUUUAGAAAAUCUGAGGACCUGAGCUGCAGUCCCAAAGCCAAAUCGGACUUUUGCACUAGUAAAAAAUUUCCAAAAUCAAAUUCUAAUGACAGUGGUGAGUAUGCACCUGACAGUUUUUCCAGUUGUAGCAGCCCCCAUUUGAUUUUUUCUGAUUCCAAUGACUAUGACACAGAUGUUAAGAGUGAAGAUGAAGACCUCUCAAUUCCCUCAACUCCACCGAUGGACUUUAUACCUCUUACUUCUAAAGCAAAGGCAAAGAAGGAGGAUCGCUCCUCAGACGCAUGGUUAUCGCAUUCACCGUCUUCGCCAUUUUCUUUUAUAAAUGCCUUUAAAAAUGUUGAAGAGGUCUCUUUUCAGUCCCUGACAAAUGAAAGCAAUGGUAAACCCGUUUCUUUCAAGCCAGACACAAACUACAAGUUUAGCACCUUCCUUAUGAUGCUGAAGGACUUGCAUGACACUAGAGAGCGAGACGGUGCGCCCUUAGAACUGGAGAUUGGGCCACCAAGUGCACAUGUUAAGGAAGAGCCUUUAGUGAUGCCAGGGGAGGCUACACCUGCAAGACAAGAUCAACAAUUAGAUUUUGUUCAUAGCAUCUCAAACUCAAGUCCAGAUAAAACCAUAGUCGCACAUAAUGAGGAAGGUCCGUAUCAGAUGUCCAAGAGGCCCUACAACAGACGGGGUAGCUCAUCCAGGUGGAAAAAGAAAGCCAAUCGCAAAGUGCCUUGUCGUCGUGCCAGGUCUGGGCCUGGUUUCCCAGGACUUGAGUCAGGAAUGUCGUCCAUGCCAGCAAAGGACUCUUCCUCAACAGAGGAUUGCUCAUCAAAAAGGCCGGGCAUAUGGGAGCAGCCUGGAGGUGGUGAAGGAGCAGUCGUGGUGACGGAGGAGGAGAGUUGGAGCAGAGUAAAGGAGAAUCUACAGAUCAUGGUGCCUUUGGAGCAGAAGGGGCGUGACAUUGCACUGUCUUUGGAAAAGCCUAAUGGGCUUGUGGACUGCACUAAGAAGAAGGCGAGCUUGACGCACAACACUGGAGAAGGUGACAAGGAUCCGACAGCACAUAAACGAAUAAGAAAACCAAGCAAGAGGAUGAUUGAAUGGACUGAAGAGUACGACCAGAUUUUCUCCGUGAGGAAGAAAACGAGAAAGCCUCUCCAGUUGAUUGGAAAGGCCUCUCAACCCAUUACCUCCAUAUCUGAACCCUCGGAGUGUGACAAGAGCAUGCAAGUCCAGCCAUCCUUGAACUUGCUUCCCGAAAUACAGACACCACCCCCUGAGGAAAUCUGUGCAACGACGCCCUCUGACCUACAAAUUCCCUGCACUGAAAACACAUCUUCACAAGAUGCACCUGUUCUUUCCAUCGACACGUUAACCCCUCCUCCUGAAGCAGAACCUUCGCUACCGGAAAGCAUCGUCAAAGACAAUGGAAGCGCUCCUGUGCUGGAGAAGAAGCGCAAAAGAAAACCCACUCAGAAGAUCCUGGAAUACUGCCUGGAGGCCGAGGCAUCAACAGGCCUCAAGAAGAAGGUCAAAACACUGAAGACUAAUCCACCUCCAACUCCUCAAUCUGACUGCUCAGCACCACCCCUAAAAUCAAAGAGUAAGCCGCUUCCAGCAUCAGAGUCCACACCGGCGACGACCUCUGACCUCUGUACACCCACACCUUUGGUUCAGACCAGCACUCCUGCACCUUCUGCUCCAGAGCAGUCUUCGCCAGAACCCGGACAGGAGGAGACGGCACCAGCUGAUGUCGACGAUCCUCAACCGGACGACGGUAAAGCCGAGGACAUCAAAAAGGACGGAGCAGAGUCAGAGGGUGAACCAUCCAGCCUGGACAACAGUUUCUGCUCCAUGAAGGACGACUUGUCACUGUGUGACGACUCACUUUUACCUACGAGGAAGAUCAUAGGGGACCGAGGAGGCCCGGCUUCCAUGAAGGAGAACAUAUGUCAGGUGUGUGAGAAGACCGGGGAGCUGCUGCUCUGUGAGGGUCAGUGUUGUGGCGCUUUCCACCUGCCCUGCAUAUCUCUGGCCGAAGCACCGAAGGGGAAGUUUGUCUGUCCAGAGUGCAAAUCAGGGGGCAGCCUACUCUGCUGUGAGUCCUGUCCUGCUGCAUUUCAUCGGGAGUGUCUGAACAUCGAGAUGCCCAAAGGCAGCUGGUACUGCAACGACUGCAAGGCCGGGAAGAAGCCUCGCUAUAAAGACAUUGUAUGGGUCAAAGUUGGGCGCUACAGGUGGUGGCCGGCAGAGGUCAGCCAUCCCAAAACAAUCCCAGAAAACAUCCAGAGAAUGAGGCACGAUGUCGGCGAGUUCCCCGUUCAUUUCUUCGGCUCCAACGACUACCUGUGGACCUACCAGGCCAGAGUCUUCCCUUACAUGGACGUGGACGCCAACAGCAAGGAAAAGAUGGGUAAAGGGGUUGAUGCGACCUACAAAAAAGCUUUGGAGGAGGCGGCUGUGCGGUUCCGUGAGCUGCAGGCAGAGAAGGAGCUUCGGCAGCUUCAAGAGGACAGGAAGAACGACAGGAAGCCUCCUCCAUACAAACACAUUAAGGUUAAUCGACCAAUAGGAAAGGUUCAGAUCUUCACUGCCGACCUCUCAGAGAUCCCCCGCUGUAACUGCAAGAAGACAGAUGAUAGUCCAUGUGGGAUGGACUCCGAGUGUAUCAACCGCAUGCUGCUCUACGAAUGCCAUCCACAGGUUUGCCCGGCGGCCGAGCGGUGCCUCAACCAGGCGUUCACCAAGCGUCAGUACAGCCAAGUAGAGAUCUUUAGGACGCUGUCUCGAGGCUGGGGGCUCCGCUGUGUCCAUGACAUUAAGAAGGGUCAGUUUGUGAGCGAGUAUGUCGGGGAGGUGAUCGAUGAGGAGGAGUGCAGGUCGAGGAUCAGACACGCUCAGGACAACAACAUCUGUAACUUCUACAUGUUAACUCUUGACAAGGAUCGGAUCAUUGAUGCCGGGCCGAAGGGGAACGAGGCACGCUUCAUGAACCACAGCUGUCAGCCAAACUGUGAGACGCAGAAGUGGACGGUGAACGGUGACACCCGGGUGGGACUGUUCGCUCUCAUCGACGUUGCCGCAGGCACAGAGCUCACCUUCAACUACAACCUGGAGUGUUUGGGCAACAGGAAGACGGUGUGUAAAUGUGGAGCAUCAAACUGCAGCGGCUUCUUAGGCCUCAGGCCAAAGAACAACCCCCCGCCUGAUGAUAAAGAUCGCAAGCUGAAGAGGAGAGGUCACGGCAAGAGGAAGAAGAAGGUGGUGUUGACCAAAGAAAGGGAGGACGAGUGUUUCAUCUGCGGCGACGGAGGACAGAUGGUGUCAUGUAAAAAACCUGGAUGUCCCAAGGUUUACCAUGCAGACUGCCUGAACCUCACCAAGAGGCCUGCAGGUCGGUGGGAAUGUCCGUGGCACCAGUGUGACAUAUGCGGUAAGGAGGCUGCGUCCUUCUGCGAACUGUGCGUCAGUUCCUACUGCUGCCAGCACCGUGACGGCCUGCUCUUCAUCUCCAAACUGGACGGCAAGCUGUCCUGUAGUGCCCACGACCCCUGCGGGGAACCGCUAGAAGCAGGCGAGAUCCGAGAGUACACACCCGAACCCACAGCCCUCACCUCGGGGCUGGGCAUGGCGGUCAUUCCAUCCUCUGCUACUAACACUACCUGCAACGUUAACACGACUGCCAGGAGGGCCUGGGACGUAAGCACCGGUGCAGGCAUGUGCGCGUCAGAGUCCUUUCCUGCUUUUUCCAUCCCAGUACCUAUCACUAUUCCCGUCGCAGCUCCAGCAACGUCGCCUCCUCCCAGUAGUUCUGAUGCUCCCAGCAGCCCGCACGUGUUCGACCUCCCCCACUACUCGCCCAUCUCCUCAUAUGAGGAGGAGAGGGAUGUCUUGGAGGAAGACCUGUUGGCUGAAGAAGAAGAAGAGGAGGAGGAGGAGGAGGAGCUGUUGGAAGAGGGUGAUGCAGAGAGGCAUAAAUCAGACACUAGUGAAGACGACAGAGAGACAGUAAUGGAGGAGGAGGGGGUCGAAUACCUGGAGCUCAAAGAUGAAGAAGAGGAGGAGGAGGAGGAAGAGGAUGAAGAAGAGGAGUGACGCACAGAGGAUCAUUAUUUACAGAGUCACUACAGUGAGGAAGCACAUGGAGGUUACUCAGUUACAGUCACUGUUAAUGUUCAGUAUUCAGUUGGAUGUAUGGAGGGGCUUUUAGGAGAAAACUACAUUUAAAAAAAUAAACAAAUUGUGAGGUUUAUAAAUAAAAAAUAUAAUAUAAUAUAAUUUAUGUAUACACUGACACACAUCCAACAAUUUUGCAGUUUAUUUAUGCUUGCAAUACAUGUAGUUUUACCCUGGUAAUCACUCCCUACCUCCAUCUACACACCUGCUACGAGUGCACAAAAACUAUCCGGACCCGGGACAUCAAUCAUGAGACUUGGAAACACAUUUCAUCUUUUUUUGUUUUGUUUUCUCACAUGUUUGUUGGAGGUGUAGGUCAGGUGUCCUAGAAAGCUUUGUGCUUUUAGAGGCAGAUGUUUUAUAGUAGAAAAGAGAGUCACAGCUGGGCUCGGUUUGUGACUUCUACUGAGUUAAAUCGGGAUUAUGUUUACAUCCGUGCAGUUUGAGGCCGUGUCAGAAAAACGUUGUAUUUGUCUAGAAUUAAACUAGCUGAAGUUCUCUGUGUCCUUUUUAAAGCUUUUCUUUCUAAUCUGAACACUGUUGAACCACCACAACCAACGGAGUUAAACUCGCCCUCGUGGUCCAGUUGUCGGGACACACGAUGCUGGCAACCCCUUCCACAAAGGCCCGAGUCAACGUACACGCAGGACUCCAUAACCUGGGAAUAUUAAUUGUUGCUUAUAUUAAAUCCACUCUCCUCUCCAUUUCCAGUUCUUCAUGAUGACUCACAUCAAUUAGUUGGUGCUUCGAGAUCCAGGACUACCAGUGAAGAUAUGACAGGCUGCCUGGAGUAGUCUUAACCAUGCCAACUUUGUCUUUCCUGGUGUUGUUGGGAAAAACAAAAUGCAGUAUAAUGGAAUCAACUGUUUUUUAAUAGAUGUAGAUUUGGUUUGCAGCUACAAAUAGACUCUAGAUUCGAACAUUUCAUGCCAAAAAAAAAAAGAUUAACUGUUUGAAAGUUAAAGUGUGAAAGAUUUCGUGCCAUCCUGGGACAUUCAGCUCCGCUGUUGUUGGACUGCAGGCUCACGUCGUCCAUCAACUAAUGGUGUGCAACGCGAAAUGAACGCUCAGCCUUGCCCUGGCAGUCGGAAAGAAAAGGUAGCACUCAGUUGGCUCCAGUGUGUGUGCUGUGCUCUGUAGUCAUUAUUUAUUCGCUGGUCUGUGACGCACAAACGGUGACGAGGGAGGGAGAGCGGCGGGGUCGGUGCCCUCCUCCCUCGUUCUUGACCCCCAAACUGCUCGGGGAAACAAAAGUCUUUCGGAGGGAGCAAAAACGUUUGAAACGGCGGACUCCUGUCACCACGCUUGCACUUGGGUAUGUGUUCUUGCCACGUUUCGCUCCGUCUUCAAGCUUAAUAUUGUCUGUGUGUUAUCUGCCAAUGCCUUAGAGUGUAUUUCUUUGGAGAUAUUUUUAAGGAACAAUGUCGCCCCUGUGAGAGCCAAGUUUCCCUACUAAUGCCUUUUUACAGUUGCCCAACAAGAAAUGUCUCAUUCCAGUGUAAUUAUGUUAGAUCUCAACCACUGACCUGUCAAAACAACUGCUAUAUAAAUAUAUAAGAAGACAUGAAA